UUUUUUUAGCAUUUAAUAGCCAUGAAAAAGUAGCUGCUACUAUUAGCUCCGUGUAUCUUCACCCUUAGUGGCAAGUACAACCUGGAGUUUUGUAGCUGUUGCAGUUUAGCAGCAGGACAGCUACAGAUUCAAAGUCACUAUUUAGAAGGUUAUGGGAAGGAAAUAGAACAAGAGGCAGAAUUCUUUGUGUUUUGGCAGCAGGUUUAAUGUGUCGUUAUAAUAUCUCCAUUUUGUUUGAAUGCAGAGAUUUAAAGCCAGGAAAUAUACUCAUAGAUCAAGCCGGCUAUUUAAAAAUCGCAGAUUUUGGCAUGGGCAAAACAGGCAUUGGAUAUGGAGACAGAACAGGCACCAUACUUGGCACUCCAGCUUACAUGGCACCAGAGCUCGUGAAGGAGGAGCAAUACACAAGAGCUGUCGACUGGUGGGCUCUUGGAGUCAUCGUGUAUGAAAUGCUCCUUGGAACAAGACCCUUCACCGGAAAGGACAUCGACUACAUGUAUGAGUGGAUUGAGGAGGAUGAGCCACACUAUCCCGACUCCCUGGAACCACAAGCACUGAGCUUUAUAUCACAGGUAAGUAGCACUGAGCUAUCUGUUUAUUACAACCAGCUCUUUAGCUCAGCGACCACUUUAUAAUUUAACUCUUGAGUCUCCCCGAUGCUUCUGUACAUGUAACUGCCAUUUUCUGUUCUUGUAGCUCUUGAUGAAGAAUCCAGAGGAGCG